CUCGUCGCGGCGCCGUACGAUCCACGCUCCGCCAACGGCCGAGAGAUAGUGACAGCUCCACGCCGGUAGAGACCGGUCUGCACGAAGAGGAGGCGACCUGGUUCCGCUGAAGACCUUGCCGCCGCAGCCAACAUCGGGAGGCCAUGAACUCGCUGCUCGCCCUGACGGCGCUAGUGGCCGCCGCCCACGCCAGCCAGCCCAUGGCUAAGAACAUCGACUUUCACCUGCUGGGCCGGGUGACGGAGACGUUCGAGACCACCCGCGACAAGCUCCGGGACGACGAGGUGCUGAAGGUGCAAAUGCACCCCAUGGGCAGGAAGGACGCACGACCCACGGCUGAGACGCCCGUCUGGUUCUGGGUGUCGGACGGCAGCAGCCGGCACAGCUGGGAGCUGCCGUGGCGCCCGGGCGGCGGCCCAGCCCUCCAGUGGCUGGAGGUGCUGCUCUGCCAGAACCAGGACUCCGUGCAGCUGGAGGCCGAGACAAACUCCACCCACGCGCUGCCGCUACGCUGGCGGGUCUCCACUGAGAACGUGAAGCUGGGCGACGGGGGCACCAUGAAGUCCACGCCGGCCGACGUGUCGUACCGGCGCCACCUUUGGGACCCGGCGUCCGGCGCGCUCGAGGUCGAACUGAAUGUGGCCACGGUCACCGGUGACGACGUGUGCGCCUCGCUGGCCGUCACGCGCCGCUGCGUGACGCACCCGUACGAGCUGACCGACGACUACCUGCUGCAGCGGGUGCGCUUCAGCCAGCGCGCCCAGCUCACUGUCUCACGCGACGACGCGCCCGACGGCUUCUGGCUGUACUUGAUCCCGGAGGUGGACAGCUCUCUGUGUCCGAUGACGGCCGGCCGCCGUCCCACCGGCCCGCUGCCCGCCAAGACGGUGCGCGUGUACCGCGAGUCUCGCGCCUUCCGCAGCCCGUCGGCGCCGGAGCCGCUGGCCGACUGGGGUGCGCUGCCCAUCGGCCGCGACGUCGGCGGCAUCGGCGCCGAUGGAGACUGGGCUGACCCACUGCCGCCCGGCACGUGCGGCGAACGCGUGUCUCACCUGGAGCGCCAGCUGCAGGCGGAGCGCCAGCAGUGCCACAACUGAAGGACUCCAGCCCGCCAGCAGUUGGGGCUGAGGCGACAGUGCGGCAUCUGAGGCCUACGGCAUGGUCCAAUUGACACGACUCAAAGCCGUACCAGUCCCGGCGGUGAACGAAGUGGGUGAUGUAUAUAUAUAUAAUAUAUGUGUGUGUGUGUGUGUGUGUGUGUGUGUGUGUGUGUGUGUGUGUGUGUGUGUGUGUGUGUGUGUGUGUGUGCGUGUGUGCGUGUGUGUGUGUGUGUGUGUGCGUGUGUGUGUGUGUGUGUGCAGUUGCUAUCCAGGUUUGACCAGACUAUCUUUAGGAUCAACGACAGGAUCUGUUGUGGUUAUCUGCUUUGUUUCGGCGCGAUCGAGUCAUAUGGCUCAGCUCAUGAUGAAAGCGGAAUGUGCAGUCGAUCUGGCAUCCAACAGGAGAUUAGCGAAAUGUCCAGAACAACGAUUGUAAGGACAGGGGAUAAUAUCUAAUAUGUUUGUUCAGCGAACUGUGUGUCUCUUGAGCAACCGAGAGCAGUGGCAUGUUCCGCAUGUGGCGUUGAUUCCUGUCUGUAUGCGAUAGUUGUAGUGACUGAAUACACUUCAUCUCUCA